CAAGCUACUUGUUCAAAUCAUUGAGCGUAACGCUGUAGGCACUCGGCCUAACUAAAAUCAUUGCAAUUUCUGGCUGUUGGGCCGCGGGUCAUACGCAAAAAUGUGCGCGUGCAUGACUAGAGAGGCUUUAUUAGACAUCUGCAAACAGAACCAAUUAUAUCGAACACCCUCUCUUAACGACAAGCUUUAUUGCAACUUUAAGGGGUUCUCGCACAUUGCGUGUCUAGAGGAAUACGUGAACUUGAAGGCGCUGUUCCUGGAGGGGAAUGUCCUGGAGAGCUUGGACGGGCUCCCUCCCCUCAAGGAGCUCAAAUGCCUGUACGUCCAGCAGAACUGCAUUUGGAAGAUCAGCAACCUCGAGGCGGUCGAGAACCUCGAUACCCUCAACAUCAGCAAUAACCAGCUUACCCGCCUGGAGGGGUUGUCCUGCUGCAAGUCCCUGCGCACGCUCAUCGCCACCCACAACCACCUGAGCACGCUGGAUUCUGUAGAGCACCUGGCGGAGUGCAACGCGCUUCAGACGCUGGACUUGCAAAACAACGAGCUGUCAGAUCCAGGCAUCGUAGACGUGCUAAAGCAGAUCCCGGACCUGCGGUGCCUGUACCUGAAGGGCAACCCGGUCGUCUCCAACAUUAAGAACUACCGCAAGGUGCUGAUUACCAGCAUUCCCACGCUCACCUACCUGGACGACCGGCCGGUCUUUGAGAACGAGCGGAAGAUUGCUGAGGCAUGGCUGGAAGGCGGCCUGGACGCGGAGCGGGCAAUGCGCAACAAGCUCAAGGAGGAAGAGGACGCGCGCCACCGCAAGAACCACGAGUAUAUGCUGGAGAUGCGGGCACAAGGCUGGCGUGAGCGGCGCAAGCGGCUUGGCCUGCCGGAGGGCGACACCGACCCGGCGUUGGACGACCUCAGCGACAGCGAAUACGAGUUCCCUGAGGAGCCGCCGGAGCUUCUGGAGGCGCGGCAGCGGCUAGCCGCCUACACGGCGCGGCCGGGCGAGGAGGAGCCGGCAGAGGUGGCAAGCACGCGCCAGAGCCU